AUGCAUAUACAAUAUCAAUGUCAAGUAUGUGACCGUUUGCGUCCUAUUCAUGAUCUCUUCUAUUGUUCUGGAUGUAACCAGCUUGUUUGCAACUCACUCUCCUGUGUCAAAAGAGAAAUUGAAUACUACUAUUGUCCUAUAUGUCUUGAUACGUUUACAUCGACUGAACUUUGGAGCACCUAUUAUCAUUGCUUACAUUGUUAUCUUUGUCCUUGCUGCGAGUCUCGUUUGUGUGGAUUUCGCGACAACACAAAUACGCCGGUAGCGUGGAGGUGCUUUCACUGUAAUUGGGACUCGAAGUCUAUCAAUCUGUCCGGUGAUUCUGUCUCGGAUUUGCAAACAAAAACUUUUCAACUGCUGCGAUCGAAUCAUAAAAACGUCAAGGAGGAACUCAAAUCCAUCUCCAAGUGUAUCUGCGAUGAACUCAACAUUCAUAAGCAUUUAAAAGAAGAAGAGCAGGAGAAAAUCCGAAAGACACGUCAGCACCUCGCCGAAACCCCUGAAUCCAACCCAGUCCUUCCUCACCCCUGUACACUACGAUGCAAAUAUACAAUCCGAUGUCUCCAUUGCUUAGAAUCGAACAUGUCCGGCAUGUCGAAAGCGAACGAAAUUUGGAAUCGCGUUGCCAAUCUUGCUGUUUUGGCGAUUCCAGUGCUCUCCAUUGUCUCGGUUGAUGACGAAUUUAUCGUUCUUUCCGUUCGAAAUGUUUUCUUCGUGGAUGAAAAACUAAGAAAUAGCCUGCAGCGGAGCAGUUUUCUACAAAUAUGGGGAACAUGCAUGUCGCGAUCGUAUUCCGAUGCAACCCUUGUUACUGACCGCGUGUUUGUUGUGAUUCUAGUGGAUCAUAAACAGCUCGCGUCGAUGAACGCCAACGAGCCGCUCGUGGAAUCUACUACAAUGAGCUCUGUGAUUCUGAAACUUCCGAGAAGGGAAGGAGCAAUGAAGCUGCACUGUAUGUUUAGUACAAGCAACGGUAUGCAGCGCGACCUGGACAUAACUUGCAACCUUGAUUUGAUAUGA